AUGAACAGGUACAUCAGGCCUGCGGCGAAAUCUGGCGGGCACGGCGUUGGGUGGCAAGAGGUCCCCCGCUACAGCUUCGUGGUGCCUCAGGGCUGGGACGAAGUGCCCGUGUCGAUCGCCGACCUGGGCGGCACAGAGAUCGACCUCCGGUUCGCCAGCACGACGGAUGAAGGCAGCGCGGCGGUGGUCAUCGCACCGAUCGGGCGUUUCAGGGAUGACGCCAUCGACUCUGACUUCCGCAUCACCGACCUCGGGGAGCCACAGCAGAUCAUCGAGGGCUUUGCGCCCGAGCUGACGCGGUCGGCGCUCAACGAGAACGACCUGAUCGAGAUGAGCCAGUUCGAGGGCGACGAUGGGCUGCCGUACUACACCUACCAGAUCCGCACCGACGGGUUCCCGCACGUCCUGGUGACCGCGGCAGCGAAGAAGAACAGGGUGUUCCUGUUCACGAUCUACGCGAACAACCGGCAGUGGCGCAAGAACAAGGACACGUUCCGAACCAUGGCAAACUCGUUCACGGUCGACAGCGAGCAGAGUCCGAAGCUGGCAAGGUUCGUGAAGGAGAAUUUCGCCGCGAUGUAG